AACACGUCAACCCUGUUACCCAUAGAUAGACGAGCUAGAAAUGUUUUAACGAUUCAAUUUUUUUUGUGAAGCUUGAAUUCAAUUGCUCCUCCCUGUGGCACACAACAAGCUUCGAUUCCCCCUGUCACAAGGGAUUUAUGGCUGAUUUAAGAUGAAAUCGUCAAACCUGUUACGGUCAACCCUGUUACUUUAUUUGACACUUAAUAGGCACUUACUACAGUAUAUUUUUCAUUUAACCUCAAGAUGGGAAAAUGUAUUAUUUAUUAAGUUGAACUCUUAUGACAGAAUGUUAAAAUUAGGUUUCAAAAAUGAUAUAUUACACAAAGUUACACGACUCAAAAGGUGUUCAUUUGGUGGAACGAUCAAGGCACUUUAGAGAUUUUGGGGGGGAUAUUGUCUGAGUUAGUUCUCUAUAAAGAAAUCCUGUUGUUUUAAACUUAAAGCAAGCACAGUAAUUAUCGUUUGAUGAGAGAACACCGUGUGCUGCAGAUCAACAUAAUUUCAAACAACAAAUAUUAGAGACAAAAGCUAACAACAAAUCACUCCUCUUUACUCUGCUCUCUAUGUAUAAACCUGUAUACAAAUGGAUAGCCAGGCUGCAUACACAGUGAAAGGAGUGGGAGGAACGGACAGCUAUUUCAACACAUCCUCUGUACAGACCAUGAACGACACUGUGGGGAAUGGUUCCGAGUCAGCCUCUUGCGGCUUGAUGGAGGUCUCCGCCCACCCAUUCUUCACCGUAACCUACUCCCUGGUCUUCCUGGUGGGCCUGGUUCUCAACGGCUUCACGGUGCGGGUCUACUUCUGCCAAGCCCAGCGCCACCAAUCCAGCGUGACAGUAUAUCUGCAGAACCUGGCUGCGGCAGACUUCUUCCUCAGCCUGUGUCUGCCGCUCCGCAUUGCCAACUACGCCACCUACAACUCGACCCUCAUGCGCCACGUCUACUGCAACUUUGGCGCCACGGCCUUCUACCUCAACAUGUACGCCAGCAUCCUCUUCAUGGACUACAUCGCAGCCAACAGGUACCUGAAGAUCGUCCGUCCUCUGGAGACCCACACCCUGCAAAGGGUGCGCGCAGCCCGCUACAUCUCCAUGGCAACCUGGGUCACCCUUCUGGCCUCGUCAUCUGCGUACCUGACCGUAUCCCUCCUCACCACUUGGGGUGCAGAUCUCAUCCCCGGGACCAUAGGCUGCGACGCCCUCCACAGCACCCAGCUUCAACUGCUCUACAAGAUCAUCCACAGUUUCUCGGCGGCCAUCUUCCUCUUCGUUCUGUUUUCCCUCCUCUUCUUUUACUGGGGCACCAUCCUCAGGCUGCGGCAAGCACAGCUGAACCAGCAGAAACAUCCUUCCUGUGGAUCCGGAAGCAACCUCAGCCGCUCCAAGAGAAACAUGCUAGUUCUGGUCGCUGUGUUCUGUGUGUGCUUCGUGCCGUACCACCUGGUGCGCCUGCCCUACGCCUUCCUCCGGCCCUUCUUGCACAACUGUUACUGGCAUCAGGCCUUCUACUACAUGAAGGAGCUGACCGUGCUGCUGUCAGUCCUCAAUGCCUGCCUGGACCCACUCAUCUACUUCAUCUUCUGUAAGUCCUUCAGGGCCCAGCUGGGCAUACAGAGGCGUUUUAGUACGUCAAUGGAACAGCCAGACAGUACAGCCCCACCGCCAGGAGCUAGGAGAAUUAGCCAGGGGAACCUGACCACCCUGCCACGCACCCAGACAAGGACGUCGUUAAGUAUGUCGAGACGGGCCAGUGUCAUUUAGGACACACCGCACUGCCCUCCUCUGGUACAUUUUCUAUCUACWGUAUAUAUUUUUAAAGCAGCUCUUCUGCACACCUAGAAAUUAUUAGAACUUUGUAUUGGGGAAAAAAAGAUGAACUGCCUAGAAUGUCAAUACUUCUUUUGGAGGCUACAAUUUGCUAAUUUGAUGUCUCUACUCAAUACAGAAUGUGAAAUGGGUUACCUAUGGGCACUCUUUGGUCUAGAUAGAACAUACAUUUGCCUAUUUGCCUUGUACCGCUAUUUUGCCCUGCUGAAAGCCUAGACCUCAGACUUACAUUUUCGUUUAAUGAUAAACUCAGACGACAGCUUGACCCUACUGACUAUAUGUAACCUGGGGUUUACCUUAGUGAUUUAGACAGAGAAAUAUACUGUUUGGCCUUGUUUCUGUCCCCAAACUCUCUAUUCAACCUACCUACACACACUCUCUUAAUAAAUGUCUCUAGUAUUGUUGUUGACAAAAGUACAGUAUUAAAUCAUUGUGCGUUCAAUCAAUCAAAUCAUGGUAACAUGUACAGCCAGAUUAAACACAAGAAUUAGUGUAUGUGCACUUUGUCUCGUAUGUAUUUGUAGCAAGCUCCAAUAAAUGAUACACAUUAGAAAUGAGUACCUGUCCUAAUUUCCAUGUGUGAUCAAAAGCACAGAUUAGGGAACAGAAAAAGCACUUCCCUAUUGAGCACAUUUUAUUUCUGUGCAUCAGUUCCUGUAGCAGACCGCAGAAUCCCACUGCAGAAUUUCAUGUCCUCAAAAUGUAAAACCUUAAAAGCAUAACAUAAUAUAGCUAAAAGCUUUUUGUUUUUGUGUGGUAUGAGGAAGGCUUUUACAAGAGGAAGUCCAACAUACAGAAUGCCAAAACAAUAUUGUCGCAAAUAAUAAACCUAAACAUAAAAUAUGCAAUUAAAGUGCAUCCUCUUUUAAAGCGUUAGAUUAUAUCUCAGUUUCUAAUGCUAAAUAGACAUGUCAAAUAGGACAUUUCAACCAAAAAUAGGAUUGUUUCAAUCUACUGUACAAAUGGUGAGAUACGGUCAAGCAAACGUAUUCCUUGGGUAAAGUGGGAUAAAAAUGUUUUUUUUAAAUGGUUAGACUGUUUUUCAAACUACAAAUUGGUGAGAUUCAGAAUGGAAAUACUUUGUUGGCUUCCUUCUACCGGUCACUGACUGUCUAGGAUGUGUAGUCUGGGUGUAUACGCCAAAGAAGUUGAACACGAAACUCAUAGUGUUCACCACUUCCUGUAAUGUCUGAUUUUAAACAGACGGUGACGUCAAUGACUCAGCUGAAAACCAACAAACAGACACAACGGAAGAGUGACAUUUAAAGUACAUGUUGUGUUAGACUAUCUACUCCCCAAUUG